GGGUACAUUCAAAAUCAAGAACCAAUCAUGUUGUCAGCACAAUCAGAGAAACAGGCUUUUUUCAUUGCCACACUUAUAACCUUUUGGUAUUCCUCAAACAUAGGAGUCCUUCUCCUUAACAAAUUAUUGUUAUCAAACUAUGGAUUUAAAUUCCCAAUUUUCCUAACCAUGUGUCACAUGACAGCUUGUGCUGUUCUUAGCUAUGUAUCCAUUGUUUUCCUCAAGAUUGCACCUUUUCAGAGGAUUAAAUCAAGAUCCCAAUUUUUCAGGAUUGCUACUCUCAGCAUUGUCUUUUGUGGGUCUGUUGUGGGUGGCAAUAUUUCUUUAAGGUAUCUGCCUGUUUCUUUUAACCAGGCUGUUGGUGCCACAACCCCAUUUUUCACUGCAUUGUUUGCUUAUUUGAUGACCCGGAAACAAGAAGCUUGGAUCACUUAUGGUUGCCUUGUUCCUGUUGUUACUGGAGUUAUAAUUGCAAGUGGGGGCGAGCCAAGCUUCCACCUUUAUGGAUUUCUAAUGUGCAUAGGUGCAACUGCUGCUAGAGCCUUUAAGUCUGUUCUUCAAGGGGUCCUUCUUUCUUCUGAAGGGGAAAAACUGAACUCAAUGAAUCUCCUGCUCUACAUGUCACCCAUUGCUGUUCUAGUCUUAUUGCCUGCCACACUCGUUAUGGAGCCCAACGUUAUAGAUGUCACUAUGACACUCGCGACUGAACAUAGGUUCCUUGGCCUACUUAUUUUGGUUAAUUCUGCAAUGGCAUAUGGUGCCAACUUGUUGAAUUUUUUGGUGACUAAACAUACCAGUGCUUUGACACUCCAGGUCCUAGGCAAUGCAAAAGGAGCAGUGGCUGUUGUUAUCUCCAUACUAAUAUUCCAAAAUCCAGUAACUUUUAUUGGAAUCGCGGGCUAUACAAUGACAGUGAUGGGAGUUGUUGCUUAUGGAGAAUCCAAAAGAAGACACAAAUGAGUUGAAAUCAGGCCCCCUUUUUCUUCUUUAAUGAAGUACCAUGCUUCUAUAACAUCAUCAUUCAUCACUAUUUAACAACUAUUCACUAUAAAAGCCAAGCUUUUUAUGAAACCAAUUUUCAUGCUAUGUUAUAAUAUAUAUUGUCUAUAACAAGACUUCGCUAUAACAACCAAAAAAAUCUGGAACAAAAGAGGAGGUUAUAUAAAGGUUUGACAAUAUGUAGUUUUUAUUGCAGCAUGGAAAUGUCAAACCUUUCUGAUUGGAACCGAGGCUGAACGUGUAGAGAAAAUAGUUUCAGGAUAGUACGUAAUCCAAGGAUUAAAGGAGUCAACUAACGUAGUUGAAUAUUAUGAUUGAUUGUCAAAUUGUAAGUUU